AUCUUGCAAAUUCUAAUAUUCUUUGUUUUAUUUAAGUAUCUUUAAUGCUUGAAUAGAAAUUAUUAUGGAAAUAGCAAGCACAUAUAAAUAAAUAAACGUCAAUUAGUACGAAUAUGCUCGAGAACUGUAUAUUCACAUUGAUUAUUAUAAUUUUUAUCAUAUACAAAUUGAAUCUUUGGUUUAACGUUCUUUUUGUCGUGCAUCGUAGAAUUUUAAAACUCGAAGUUGAUGAAUAAUAACCUCGAUAUUUAUACAUGCAAAGAUACACGUGCUAAAUAACUUGCACGAGAUAAAGACAUUUUUUAAUUUAUAAAAAAAAAGAGAAACCAUUUUUGAUCUUUACACGAUCUUAUAUGCUUUUUUCUUAAUAUUUACAUAUUGAAAUUACGUACUACUCGCAACUUAAAAUUUCUAUUUAGGAUUCUGUUGACCAUGUUUAUCAUUUAAAUGUAAAAUGGCUAGCACAACAUCAGCAAGUAUAGACAAUGAUUCUACUAAAAAUGGAAGCAAUGUGGAUAUGGAAAAGCAGCUUAAAGAGAGAGCUGAAAGGAAUCGUCAAAAAGCACUUUUGUUAAAAAAAUCCAAAAUUGUAACUCAUCCAUAUACAAGAGAAAACAGCGAAUCUAUAAAAGGAAGAUCGUUGAAAGUACAAGGACAGCAUGUUAUCGAUAGUGGUGGAGGCUUCCUGAUAGAAGAAAAUGAUGAAUUAGAACAACAAAUGCUGAAGAUUAGAACAGAGCCAGAACCUGUUAUCGGUAAAUUUAAUGAGUGUGAGGAAUGCCAACAGAAGUUUGGGGAUUCAUAUCUUUUGCAAACAUUUGAUCUGGCUGUCUGUGAUAAGUGCAGAGACAAAGAGGGAAAACAUUCUUUAAUUACCAAGACAGAAGCUAAACAAGAGUACUUACUGAAAGAUUGUGAUCUCGAUAAACGGGAACCCGCGUUGAAGUAUAUCGUGCGAAAGAACCCUCACAAUGUGAAUUGGGGCGAGAUGAAGUUAUAUCUUCAUUUGCAGAUAGAGCAAAGAGCUUUAGAAGUAUGGGGUUCAGAAGAGAAUCUGCUGAAAGAGAAAGAAGCUCGUGAUAUAAAGCGAGAGGGAGCCAAGAUUAAAAAAUUCAACAAAAAGAUCAAACAGCUUCGAAUGCAAGUGAGAAGUUCGUUGUAUGAUAAGACGACAAAAGCAUCUCACACUCACAAGUUUGGGGAAGAUACAUACAAUGAAGAGGAUGAUACUUAUACACAUACUUGUACAAUGUGUGGUUAUGAAGAAACAUAUGAAAAAAUGUGAACAUU